GCCUUCGUGGUCGCAGUGUCCCCCUGAUGCAGCCAAGUUGCUUUCGCGUUUGUCGUUCUUCUUCCUCAGUUUGUAAAUUUGGAUGUGCGUCGCUCCCGUUCCCUGGGAAAGUUGAAAAAAUCCAUAGUUUCAUAUUCAAUUUUUAUUGGAAAAUCGUGAUCUUUGCAACGUUUCGUGUGAAGAAGCAGACCGUUUUCUAGUACAGUGAAAAGUGGUAUAUACAACGUAAUGGGUGGUCACAAAAAUUGAUUAACUCGACGACGCGUACGACUUUUUCUGUAAAUCCGCUUGAUCCCAACGAGGAAACCGGUUUUUCCUUAAUCGAUCUUGCAGUUCGCAUUUUAGUCGCGAUCAUGAUAAAAUAGCUCACCGAAUAGCAUUUUCUUCCCGGGAUCUACUGACCACGGUAAGCUUGAUUGCAGAUACGCCCACAUCGGGAAGGAAUCAUGGCAUCACUCCCGGAUUGGGAUUCGCUGGAUUCCGAGUUGGCUGGAUGUGGUAAUGGUGUCGACAGAAAGCGUUUCCGACCAGCAGUGAGCCGGUUUGUCCAUGCUGGCAAUUCGGUUCGAUGUGAAAAUGUCCUGCUCAAGGUGCUCAAUCGGGAACACAGCGGAUAUUUCAAUACGGGAUUGAACAAACGGGCGCACCAGGAAGCGUUCCGAGAAGUCCCUUCUCAUCUAAGUUUCUGCUUGAAGGAAAUUGUUCCGUAUUGCUAUCUGCAGGGGCAUGUAUUUAUGGGACUUUCAGCAUGUGGCCAGUUUCUACUUAGCUAUAAAGCUUCCUACGAUUACGAAGAGGUCAUCACAAAUGAGUACAACUUUUCAUCCAAUUAUAGAUAUGAAUUGUACUUCUGGAUCUACCGGCCGCACUUCCUGUUGAGCAAGUAUUUCCACGUGUGUUUGUUCGAUGAUCAUGGCGUCGAUGACAUGAAAACCGUUUCGAUUACCCAGUGGAAAACAGAUCAACGGCUCCUAAUUAUUCAUGGAGCUAGCGAAAAAGAUGACCUGGAUUCGUACGUUACCGUUGUUAGGGUGCCAAAAUUGGGCUGCAUGGACUGUAAACAGAUGAGGAUUGCCGAUGAAGAUGAUGGAAAUGGUGGAGAGGGCUCGCUUUGUAUAAACUGCAACAUGACGAUUCAUACCAAGUACCGUAACUCGGAUUCUGGACCCAAGUUUAAUCCACGGUACAAUCUAAAUUGUCCUGGGUACAUCAUAAUGAGCGAGAACAGCUUCAUUCACACUAUUAAUAUCCAGCUGGACAUGAGUCGGUGUCCCCAAAAACUAUCAUCCGGUGUGAUCAGCAGCAAGUAUAUUGCCAAGUACCAACGCAUGACUCCGGAAGUAGAAACUGAAUCAGCCAUUCCUGCUGAAGUUAAACUACCCAUCCCGAAGGUAGAAACUCCUAAACCUUUCGCUGAAGGCAGUUUUCCUGUGCCAAACAUCCCAACUCCCUCACAAUCCUUGAGCAUAGCCGAUCAAAUCAUUGCUGACUUUGCUGAGUAUGAGACUGAAACCAUCGAAUCCAAGUGUUCCCAACCUUUGUAUUCCUCGGUAACGCACCGUUCAAGUAGUAGAUUGUCUUCCGGUUCGUCUUCUUCGUCGAGGUCCCACUCAACGACGCUCGCACAGUGUCCGGAGAAUUUUGACGAGCUGGUCAUUACCUGUGAUAAUCGAGGCACAGCCGCUGCUCUACCUUCCCCGCGCAGCUCCAUAAUGACACGUGGAGCCGCGGCUCGUCUAUCGGAAGCACUCUCACCAACUUCCAACAUUCGACUGAUGAACCAUCGUAACAACACCAACAUAGAGCUAAGACUUGCAUCCGUUAUUAGUACGGCCACCCGUAUAUCGCAACCGGAGACUCACAAAUCCUACGUUACUCGAGUUGAGCUGUCGGUUGAUUCCCCUGGUGGUCCGUCCUCAUCCGGUGUUGGCCCUCGUAUCGGCGCUGCCAGCUUAAGCAAGACUCAAAUUCCGCUAGAAUCUAGCGGAGCUCCUUCAAGUUCCUCAUCGUCCUCCACAUCGAGUGGGCGAACACCGCUACGAAGACGUUCGUAUCUCUCUACCGGUGGCAGAUCAAUAGAUCCAAACGUUCCUAAUCAACCCGACAGCAGUUGUAUUGCCGAAAAUGACGUCGCGUCCAAGGCAUACGAAUUCUCCGAAGACAACGAACGCUGCGAAAAGAUCAGCAUCUUUCGCAAGCGCCGCCUAGCUGACAAAAAGUAUGAAUUCUCCGAAGACAGUAGUCACGGAGACAGCGUCAUCGUUCCGUUCAACGGGCUUCGCAAUCAAAUCCGCACACGGUCUUUUAGUCAAACGGUAAUACGUAGUCCCUCGCACUCAGGCUACGAAAUGACCACACAUCUCCAUCGAGCUUCCCCCAAUCAUGGUUUUCGAUCGCCCUGCGGCUCUCCGGUCGGUAAUCGAUAUCUGCGAUCACCUCCCGGGAUUCGGUCUCCUAAUUACUACCGUCAUCAUUCCCCGGUCGGGACUCCGCGUUCAAUUCAAAACCCCCCCUCUGCCGCCCAACUCAUUAAGAUGUCCAAUUUUGAUCCGAAAGAUUACAUCUAUGCUGGCGGAGCUACAGCCUCCGAAGACAUCCCCAAGUUCUUCAUCGAUGCUAUUCAAAAGUUUAAUGAAAAAAAGCUUCAGGCGGAUGAGGGAAAUAACGAGAAUUUCAAUUCGGAUAAUUUGCUCCCGCUGAAGACGGAUCUGAACGGACUUGGCAGCACCGGUGCGACAGUGCAAGAGGCAAAGGCGGAAAAGAAACCCACGUGCACGAAGAAGAUCGUCAAGAUUUUCGUCGAAGAGGACGAUGCCAACUCGGUGCUUACGACGGAAGAAGACGAUUGCAUCUCACCCGGCUAUCAUACGUCGCUUCCGAUGGAGGUGCAUGGCGCUUGCUAUGCCAAUAUGCAGAUUGUUUCGCAGGCUUCGUAUCAAAAACUGAACUGUCCGGCGGUGAUUGUGACGCAGAAUUCCUUCGACAUGGAAGCGUUUUCGUUCCACGUAGCCAAUUAUUUUUGCUCGAAGCACGACAAAAAGUACGGCAUCCUGUUUGAUUCGGCGUAUGAGCUAACACAUGUCUGCCCUUUGACGGAUACGAUCACGUGCACCAUGGUUUUGCAAUUCACCGCAAGCGAUACCAGCAAGGCAAAGCAAUGCCACAACUGUUCCUCGACGAUUGAUUGCCGUACCCAUCGGAAGAUUUAUCAGUGCCGGUCACUGUUCACCUGGAACAUCGCCAGCGGCGAGUGGACUGUGCUGGACUAUGGCUGGCUUGCAUCCGGACCAUAUCUGGAGGUGAAAAAACUUGCCAGCAACUACAACCGUCUGAUCGGUAAGUUGCGCAAAUUCACCCGUAAGCUAUUCGCGUCUUCGGCCUUGGCGGCAGACGAACUGGAUAGCAACCGAACGUACGAGUACCUGCACCAUCUCCGGGUGCUGGAUUCCAAUAACGAGAAAACCAAAAGCCGUUUGGUCGAUAUGCUGCACAUGAUUGAGUUCUUCCGGAGGCAACCGCACGACACGGGAGGGGAUUCUGACGAUAGCGACGACGAUGACGACUGGCGCAGCUCGGUGGGGUCAUCUGGCCACGACGAGGAGGAAGAGGACGAUACUGGGACGGUGGUAGAGGGAGACACCCUCACGUCGGAUACGGUUAGUGAUGAAGAUGAUAUUUAAUUAGGCGGGGAGAAUUAAUUUUAGCUAGAAAUGAAUUGUGGAUUCACUCGUUUUUAACUGGUCGAACUGAUAAGAUAACGUCAUCGUGAUAUUCAUGUGUUGUAAAAGCGUGUAGUUUUUCAUCUGAAAUACUUUCUCUCCAUUCCUAUGUGAAAGUACGUUGAAAUGUAAGUCUCUCUUGUUUCCUCGUAAGUACGUGCGUUGAUCGUAACACACUUUUAGUACAUAAUGUUUAAGAACUUGUAUCUUUAGGAGGAGACCAAUCGAUUAACCGAUUGCGCUAUUCUUUACUAUUUUUUUUUACCGAAAUCAUAAUUCCUCAUCCACCAACAAAAAGUCGUAUUUAUUAUAUCCCUACCAUUUUUCAUUGGACUGUUAAGAUAGCGUUGAACUAUUAGGAUAAAGAAGCUGGAUUUGCGGAGAGUGAUGUUCAACUUUGGCAAUCUUACCAUUUACUCUUGUAAGUAGGAUGAAACAGAUGGAAUCGAUAAGUGAAUGAUAAAUAUUAAAUACCCCAACUUGUAGUUUGCAUAAUACAAGCGCGAAACUAGUUCAGAGAACACAAUGCUCAUUAGGACGAUAAUAAGAAUAGUGAAAAUGGAAUAAGACAAUGCAAUGUUAAUGUGUGCAAAUAAGUCUGAGUAACUAUUGCGCUUUUGUCAACUAUCAAACAUAAUUGUACAAUCGUAAGUCAACGAAAAAGUUCCAGAAAAAUAAAACUAUUGAUUGAAUUACUUCUUCUAAUGUUUUGAGGUUCGCAAUAAAAAUUUCAAACACUAACUUAAA